GGCUCAUCUACACUCGCUGCUGCCGUCACCGUCUCUCCCUCGUGAGGUCUGAUCCAGACUAUGAGUGACGGUCUACGCUCCGCGAGCCGCUCAUGAUGGAAGGUUCCAUCCCUUCGUCCAGUCUCUCUACUCCUACUCCUACUUCCUCUUCCUCGCCCGCCGCCCCUUCUCUAUUUCGUCCGCGCAGAUCGGAGGACUGGAACAAGUUCCGUCCCAUCAUCGAGCAACUCUAUCGCGAUGAUCAGCUGAAACUAAAAGAUGUCAAGAGAAUCAUGGAGCGUAAUCACAACUUCGUUGCAUCAGAAAAACAAUAUAAAGACCGCCUAGCGGCCUGGAACAUUCGAAAGAACAUCAAAGCCAAGGAAGUCAAUAUCAUGAUUCGCAAACAGCAGAAGAGGGCUGCGAGGGGCAAGCAAACUGUCUUUCGAGUGGCUGGCCAGAAAGUCGACACCAAACGCAUUGCUCGUUUCGUACGAAGAUACGGAACGAACUGGGAUAACAACGAGCCCCGUCCUGUCGAACCUCAACGAGACAGCCCCGACCCAUCAACUCCUUCGGAUAUGAGUUACUAUACUCCAGAGCCCGACGAACGAGCUACGACGCUGUCUCCUCAUCCAGACAAUCAUGUGAAUCCCUAUUCUAUUCCCGAUUCCGAACUUGACGAAACCAAAUCCCUUCCAAUUACUCUUAGUCCGACCGCCUCAACAAACGAUACCCCCAGGCCCAUCGAAACGAUGUCCCCAAUAUCCGACGAUCCAUGGACAGCUCUUGCUAACUUCCAGACUAAGCUUCUGGAGCUCGGGGAAAGGCUCGAUAACUCGACGGCCGGGCUCUAUCCGGCUGACGAACCCGGCCAGCAGCAACAGCAGCAUUGACUAUGGGACUGUUGAACAGUCCAGAAUACUGCAAAGAAGAUAUGAAUUAUUGUCUACCUCGAUGGUACAACCAGAUUGGAAAUCCUCUACUAUUCUUUUCUUCCCUUAUGUUUGUUUAUAGGCCAAAGUCCUACUGCGACCCAUUGGUCUGCUAUUGCUCUGUAAUGUUAUCAUUUCUAUUCGUGAAGGGUCGGUACCUGACACCCCAUGACUUCUACCUGAUCUUCUUGCCCUUGUUACCCUUUCCAGAAUAUGUUGA